AUAUAUUGGCUCUUGCUGUUAUGAGAGUUCGUUCGUAGAGUCAGAAGGUGUAGACUGGUAGCGUAUUCAAUAAUGUAUUUUUUGAAACGGAGGAGUCGGACAGGAUUUUUCAGUCAACAUUAAUAUCCUAACCGAUGGCGCCUAGGCAGCUGAAAACAUGUGCUCAGCAUGUCAGUCUGCAUGCUGUGAAAGGAAUAUAGCUCCACUUUGUAUUUUUCCCCAAUGACGUCUGAAAGCUUAGGAUAGGCUAUGAUUUUCUGCAAACCGAAUGGCGUUGUUUGUGUAUGAAAUUGGAUUAUGAAACGAUGGCCACUUUCUCGCUGACCUGACUCACUGUGGCUCUGGACGGUUUAGAUUUGGUCUUUUAUUUUCAUAAAGGAUCUUUGCUCCACAUGAAAAUCUCGAACGAUAAAUGCGCUGAAUGCCAUAGGGGUGAACAGGUGACGUCAGUUUAGUAUGCUCAGACUGGAGAUGCUGGUCCCAUGGAUGUGUCUCGACGGGAAUACGGUUCAGUGAUUUGCAGUUCCAGCCCGAGCGCGUUCUACUAACGGAAUCGCUUAUGAUGCCCAGAGGUCUACGGAGGCUCGUGCACCUGGUGCUGUUUUGCCCUAUGUCGAAGGGGCUGCAGAGUCGUCUCCCGGCGUUAAAGGUGAAGUACCUGCUUCUGGCCUGGCUGGGGAUCCUGGUAGCCAGCUGGGUCCUCUACAUGCAGUACGCCUCCUACUCAGAGCUCUGCCGAGGACACGUCUGCCACAUGGUCAUUUGUGACCACUACAGGAGAGGCAUUAUCUCAGGGUCGUCCUGCAAGGCCCUGUGUGAGGAGAGGAGCCUGACCCUGCAGCGAUGCAUGUCCACCUCUUCCACACACCAAGUGUACAGUGGUCUGUGGAAGGACAGGCCUGUGGUGAUAAAGUGUGGUCUAGAAGAGCCUCUGAAGGGGGACGUGGCUCCUGACUCUGUACUGAGACAGGAAAUUACCCUGUUUGACAAGCCCACCCGCGGGACCUCCAUGGAUGAGUUCAGAGAGAUGUUGCACAGCUUUCUCAAGUCUAACCUGGGAGAGCAACCCUCUCUCACCACCUUGGUGGGUCGUGUCAUCACCCUGGCCGAUGUCAACAAGGACCGCAAGGUGUCCCUGGCGGAAGCCAAGUCUGUGUGGGCUCUCCUCCAGAUUAACGAGUUCCUUCUGAUGGUAGCCCUGCAGGAGAAGGAGCAUACCCCCAAACUGCUGGGCUUCUGCGGGGACCUGUACGUGACAGAGCGCGUGGGCCACAGCUCCCUCUAUAGGUUGGAGGUCCCCAGCUACCUGCAGGCAUUAGUCCCAGAGGCCCUGAGCUCCAGCCUGAACCAGUGGCUGGCCCCGGCGUGGCCCCGGAGGGCCCGCAUCACCAUCGGCCUGCUGGAGUUCAUAGAGGAGGUGUUCCACGGGGCCUACGGCAGCUUCCUGAUGUGUGACGCCAGCCUGCGCCACGUGGGGUAUAACUUCAGGUAUGACUGCAAGAUGGCAGACCUGCGCAGCGUGGCAUCCGAGAUGGCGGUCCGCAGGUUUCUGCGGGGACGUCGCUGCGAGACCAACGCUGACUGCACCUUCGGGCGUGACUGCACUGCCACCUGCGAUCGGCUGGUGAAGCAAUGUAACACAGAGGUGGUCCAGCCCAACCUAGCCAAGGUGUGUGUGAUGCUACAGGACUAUCUGGUGUCUGGGGCGCCCCAGGACCUCCGCAUAGACCUGGAGAAGCAGCUCCGUACCUGUGUGACGCUCAGCGGCCUGGCUAGCCAGAUGGAGGUACACCACUCGCUGGUCCUCAACAACCUCAAAACCCUGCUGUGGAAGACCAUCUCCAACACACAGUACUCUUGAGGACCACAGAAGAGCUGCUCGGAGCCAUAUGUAGGCCUGGGUCGUAUUCAUUUGACACCAAAUAAAGGAAAAUGGAUUGAAACAAAUGGACAAUCUGAAGUUGUCCAGUAAGAAAUGCAAAUGUAUUAACUGUUCACAUAAUUUUCUACGGUAUGCCCUAAUGACUACAACUCAUUUUUCCUUAGACCGACCUUAACCAGGAAAAACAAAACACCAGGACCUACCCAUAGGAGUGAGGCAGGUCCAAACUCUACCCUAUUAUUUACCCUAGAGGUAUUUCCCCUCCUACCCUACUUUUUUACAAACAUGCCAAAAGCUUGAGUAAAACAGACUAGUAAAUCACUGGCUGAAAGUGAAAAUGAAUGAAAAUCAAAUGGAUUAUGAUUUAAAAGUAAAGGCGGUUUAUUUUUAUGGAAGGAUUCUUUAUUUUGUGAAGGAGGAAACUGUCUGGUCUAUUCUCAGGGCCUUGCCUAUGUAAUGAUAAUUAAAUGUACAGUAUUCUACUUUAAAGAGUAGUUAAGUGUAUAACUUCUAUCAGGGAACGUCAAUGUAGAGGUGUAAUGCCAUGAAAAUAUGGGAGUGAUGUAACAGUAUGUGAAAAAACUACUAUUUUAUCUGUGUGUGAAUGGUCCAUCAGACAAGGUCAAAUGAGAUGGAAAUAUGGAGGGAUCAAUUGAGCUUUUGUGAUAGAUCAUAACCAAUCUAUAUUACUCAGAUGAAAAGAAAAAAAAAUACAGCACUCCAAACUAUGGCAAUUUUUCUAGACAAAAAAAAUUGAAGUCUCAGUAUUUUAUGAAUUAUACAACAGGUUGGUCUAAUCCUGAAUGCUGAUUGGGUAAAACCGCAUUCCAGCCAGUGUCUGUACCACCAUCUAACUUACUAUUUACUGUUCCAUCCGAUUGCGCAAUCCACUGUCUGGCGAUAUCGCACCUCAUUAGCUCAUUGCUAUGAUGCAUCCAAAUAAACAAUAAACAUUAUCCAAACAAAUGUCACAAAACAGCUUAAACAAAUGCAGCUAUUCAGGCUGCACUGUUUGACGUGACUAAGUUAGCCGUAGUUGGCUAGCUAGCAAGCAAGGGAUAAGAAGGUUGCCAGCCAGCAUGGCAAUGGAACAUUAAGAAUGAACGACUGACACAGAACAAAAAAUUUAACGACUGUGGCGCGUCACUGGCAACCGAAACACCAGCUUGGGUAGCAACCCUAGAUUUGUGUCGGGACGGUCUUGUGGAACGAUGAAAUAGUAUGAACAAAUUCAUCAAAUCAAAAUGUUAAUCUUUAUUUGAAUAUGUUGAUAAAAGUGAAUAUGCACUCAAAGCCGGUGUGGAGGAUAUUGGCACGGUUUGCCGGCCCUAGUCAUGGGCCUAACACCCGUGCCAAUAUAUACUCCAAACACCGGCUUCUCUGGCAUUAUCACUUAAGGGGAAAAAAGCUGUCUUUUACCAUUGUGUAGUUCGCCCCGACAGUAUUUUGCCAUUCACAUUCCAACCAACCAUGUUCUCGCCUCAAGUUCCAUCCAUCUUUCCAUGGCACCAAUAUAUUCAAUUUACAGGUGUACUUGAUAAAAUAGUCUCCAGUGUCAGUAGAUACAUUGUAAUAGUGACAUGUUUCGGUAUCUGAAGGGAAACGCUCAUAAGAAAAUAUAUUUCAACCAGUGAGAUCAGCUUGAGAUUUGAAUUAGCUUGAAAAUUGCAUCAUGAUAAAAGUGACACUCAAAACCAAAGUCUGGUCCAUAAGGCAAUUUGAUUCUUAAAUUGGAUCCAAAUACUGCCUAAUUAAAGGGUACACAGUCCAGAGGUUAACAUGAUCAGACAGUCCAGAGGUUAAUAUGAUCAUCCAUCUACCCAAAUACAGUGCCUAUCAGAUUCUACCAACUUUGCGCAACUCUUACAGCAACAUGCACAGUGUACAAAAAAUUAUGAAUACCUUCAUAAUAUCAAGUUGCACCUGAUUGUGCCCUCAGAACAGCCUCAAUUUGUCUGGCCAUGGACUCCACAAGGUCUAGAAAGCUUUCCACAGGGAUGCUGGCCCAUGUUGACUCCAAUGCGUCCCACAGUUGUGUCAAAUUGGCUGGUAGUGGAUCUCUAUACCGAAUAGUUCAUUCCAUCUCAUCCCACAGAUGCUCAAUUGGAUUGAGAUCUGGUGACUGGGCAGGCCACUGCAGUAAGCAGAAUGCAUCAUUCGUGGAACCAUUCCUGGACAAUCCAAGCCUUGUGCCAUUAUCCUGCUGAAAAAAAAAAUCAAUUCACAGAUUGAUACACUCCUGCCAUGAAGGGAUGCACCCGAUUGACAAUGAUGUUUAUAUAUCCCUUGGCAUUCAAUUAUUGUGCCACUUAUCAACUGGCCCAAUGUGUGCCAUGAAAACACACCACCAGCCUGCAAUGUUGACAUGCGGCAUGAUGGAUGCAUGUACUCGUGGUUCUCGCCAUACCGAAGCCCUCCCAUCAGCGUGAAACAGCAGGAACUGGAAUUCAUCAGACCAGGCAAUGUUUUUCAAAUUCUCUAUGGUUUGUUCCUUAGUCCACUGCAACCCAUUCAUUUUUUUUGUGCUGAAAGAGGAAAUCCAAGGUCGUCGACUGCCACACCCCAUUCGUGUCAGGGUACGACGAGUUGUGCAUUCUUUUGGGUCUUUGGGUACCAAUGUUGUACUGGACAGUCAGUUGACUAACUGUAGCCAGUCUGUUGCUCUGCACAAUUCAGGUCAGCCUCCUUUGUCGUCUUUCGUCAAAGACCCAUUUUCGGCCACAGGCCUACCGUUGGCUGGAUGUCCUUUAGGCGGUGGACCAUUCUUGAGACACGGGAAACUUGAGCGUGAAAAACCCAGCAGCAUUGCAGUUCUUGACAAACUGAUACGCCUGGCAGCUACUACCAUACUCCGUUACAAAGGCACUUCGAUCUUGCCCAUUCACCCUCUGAAUGGCACACAUACACAAUCCAUGUGUCUCAAGCAUUAAAUCUUUUAACCCAUCUCCUCACCUUCAUUUACACAGUUUGAAGUGGAUUCAACAUGACAUCAAGGAUCAUAGCUUUCACCUGGUCAGGCCAUGUCAUGGAAAGAGCAGGUGUUCCUAAUGUUUUGUACACAGUGGUUGUUGCCGUAAGAGUUCUGCAAAGUUGGUAGAAUCUUAUUCCAAAUGAUUCAGAACUAAUGGAUGCCAAAGGUGUUUCCAAGUACUAAGUUUAGGAUGGAGACUUAUCCAAAUUAUGAUAUUUCAGUGUUUAAUUUGUUACAUUUUCUAUAACUUUAACGUUGGUUGUGUAGAUCUGUAGGAAUAUAAUAAAAUGUAACCAAUUAAUGCAGCAAAACAGUGCCCUACGCUAUAGAAGAUGUCACCAUAAACAGGCAAGAGUGUGGCCUGCACAAUACUUUCUCUACCAUCACCUUGAAUCUUCAACUUUGAAACUGGCCACAUCUUGUCUUCUUUGUCACAUCUGCAAUCUCUCAAAGAAUCAGGAAAUGGGUGAGAAAUGGGUGAGAAAACGAUAGCCAAAAGACCUAUCAAUCCUCCAAAAUGACCAAGAAAAGUAGACCUCGGAUCAAAGUCAAUCAAAACUCAAAGUCUUGGACUAAUGGCAGUUACCAGUCAGUAAACAAAUUAACACAAGAAACACAACUGCUGAGGGUGAGGGAUCUUGAAGGAAAAGUCCACCACAGUUUUUGGUGUUUGUUCCAUUGUUGACAUAAGUAAAACAUUUUUGGUGUUUGUUCCAUUGUUGACAUAAGUAAAACAUUUUUGGACAAUGUCACCAAUGGACUAAAACAAUAAAUACCAAACUAUUUUUUCUUUAACUGGCUCACUCCUGUUCAAACACUUCCUGUACACUAAGAACCAUUUUCAGAGGGUCUAAAUGGUUCCUUGGUUGGCCAAAAGCUAUGAUUAUUUCAAGUACCCACCGUUCUGGGUCCUCAGCAUAUAAAUAUAUUUCACUCUCCGCCCCUCAUCACACAGGCUCAACACGUAAAGUCAGACUGCAACGCCUCGAGGGGCGGAUUGGUCAGAGACCAAUACACUUAGCCAGUACGUUACCCAGUGAGGAGUGUAAUGACCAUGGCUUAUGGCUUGGUCAUCCCCCACUACGACCACAGUCGCUACUGCUGCACCUCCAGACUGCUCUUCAUCUGAAAUUAACAUCCAAAAGACUAUAGGUUAGGUUUGAAGAGCCACAAGGAAACGGAUUAAGGCAACAAAGUCAAAAGUACAUAAAGUAGUUAGUCCAAGUACAUUGCUGCUAGUUCUACAGCAUCCAUUUUACACCAAGAUGAACCAUUCUUGAUUAGACUGGUUGGCUGACAAUGUCACAAAUGACGUAGGCGUCGAUGUGGCCUGAAGGCUUGAUUCUAACAUGUCAGAUAGCUAUCAACAAUGACAAGAAGCUGCCAUGUGGGGAAUCGUAGGUGACACAUCUCAGCUAGUUCUCUUGUUGAGACCAUGUCUUGUUUAGAGGAAUUUUCACAGAUUUCAUGUCAAUGUUAAUAUGGCUCAAAUUUUCUAGCCAGCCAACAACUUUCAAUGUAUUUGAGACAAGUGCUCAUUUUGUAUUUGUAUUUAUUAUGGAUCAGCUACUCUUCUUGGGGUCCAGCAAAAUUAAGACAGACAUUCACAGAUUUCACAACACACUGUGUGCCCUCAGGCCCCGACUCCACCUCUACCAUAUAUCUAUAGUACUAAAUCCAUGUGUAUGUAUACUGCGUAUUUUAUUGUGUGUGUGUUUCUGUGUGUUUGUUUGUGUGUGAGUGUGUGUGUGUGUCUGUGCUAAUGUUUGUGUUGCUUCACAGUCCCCGCUGUUCCAUAAGGUGUUUUUUAAUCUGUUUUUUAAAUCAAAUUUUACUUGAUGUGGAAUAGAGUUCCGUGUAGUCAUGGCUCUAUGUACUACUGUGUGCCUCCCAUAGUCUGUUCCGGACUUGGGGACUGUGAAGAGACCUCUUGUGGCAUUGUGCAGAUGUAUUUAUGUUUUCAAUAAACAUUGAGACGAAAGUUCAAA